CCGCGGCUCGUCGCAGCCAACGGCAACGUUGCUCGGCGCGCAGAGAAACAGAGCCUCAAGGGUGGCACUUGUACGGCAACACACACCCUAUGUUUGUGUUUUCGAAUUUUUCGUGAUACCGAGAGAGUGGUUCGUGACAAUUUGGCAAGGCAUGUAGCGCCGUCGUCGAGCCGCUCGAGAUGUGGACGACCACGAAAACGACCAAGUACGGCGUCGCCGUGUACAAUUGGCGAGGCGACACACGGUAUGGGCUCCCGUUGGAAAUCGGCGAGACCGUGCAGAUUCUGGAAGAGUGCGCAGGAUGGUACAGGGGCUUUUCGACCAAGAAUCGCACGGUGAAAGGGAUCUUCCCGAGUUCUUACAUACACCUGAAACCUUGCAAGAUCGAGAACGAAGGUCUGUUCGAGUCGGUGAUACCUCUGGAGGAUCCGGUGGUCCGAGAAGUCACCCUCGUUCUCCGGGAAUGGGGUGGUAUUUGGAAGAGGCUCUACGUGGAACGAGAAGACUACAAAUUCAACACGCUGCGGAAGGUGAUGAGAGAGCUGUUGGAAUGGCGGCGACAACUAUUGGCUGGCACCCUGACGACCGAUCAGACGCGGGAACUGAAGCUGCGUAUCAUCAACAAGGUCGACUGGGGAAAUCGGAAACUGGGUUUGGAUCUGGUACCUCGUCAGGGUGCCCACAUGGUGGACCCGGAUACCAUGUCUGUCGUUGAACUUUAUCACGUGCACGUGCAGAGCGCGGAAAACUCGCAGGGGGCGUCGGCGAGGGGAACCCUCAGACGAAAGGAGCACAAAAAGGUCCUGACGCAUCACCUCCACUUCUGCAUGAGGGACUUUGGUCAUUCCAUCGGCGAGCACGCCGAGAUCUAUUUCUCCCUGUACAACGCCAAGAGUUCUCAAUACCUGAGCGAACGUUUCCUGGUACGGAUCUCGAAGGAGGGCUUUUCCAGCUUCGUGGAGAAGAUCCACAGCAACUGCACGGUCUUUACCGAUCUCGGUAACGCGGACCUUGGCAGGGAUCUUUACAUGGUCGCGCACGUGAUGCGUUGCGGGAGAAUGCUGUACUCCGAUUCCAGCAAAAACAAAUCAGGAACCGCCACGUACAGACGGCCCCACGGCGUCGCCGUUCUCUCCCUCGCCGAAGCCACGCAGGAUCAUACCGAGGAAAUAGAGAACACGCUCAAGGUAUAUCAAGGAGAAGAGAAGGACUUUCACCAGCUGCACGAGCAGAUCAUUCGCAACAACAAGUGCUCCCCGCUUCCGGGGCAACCGAAUUACGGCAUAGAGGUGUCUCUGCGCGUUCUUCACGGCGAAUUGUCUCAGGUGAGGGAGGAGAAUCCGUUGCUCUUCAACAACAUCUGUCUGACGAAGAAACUCGGCUUCUCCGACGUGAUCAUGCCGGGCGACGUACGGAACGACUUGUACCUGAAUUUGGAGCGCGGAGAGUUCGAGCGGGGUGGAAAGUCGACCGGGAAAAAUAUCGAGGUAACGAUAUUGGUGUUGGACGCCGACGGGCAGCCUUUGGAAGACUGCUUGUUCGGAGCCGCUGGAAUGGAGGGCAGCUCCGAGUACCAAAGUUUAGUCAUUUACCAUCACAACAGUCCUGCCUGGGCCGAAACCGUUCGCUUGGCGAUACCCAUCGACAACUUUUACGGGAGCCACGUUCGUUUCGAGUUUCGACACUGCUCCACGCGCGAGAAAAACGACAAGAAGCUGUUCUCCUUCGCGUUCGUGCGCCUCAUGGAACCCGGAGGAGCCACGCUUCAGGAUGGCCUUCACGAGUUGUACAUUUACAAGUGCGAGGACCGAUCCAAGUUGGAUUCGUUGAGUUACCUAUCUCUGCCAAGUAGCGCGCGGGAACCAAACGUGACAGGUUCUCCAGCGUUCUCCAGAUCCCCGAAGGAGACCGUGAUGGUGCACACGUUGCUUUGCAGCACGAAAUUGACGCAAAACGUCGAUUUGCUGAGCCUGCUUCAGUGGAAAGCCCAUCCCGAACGUAUCUCGGAGGCUCUGGGUCGCGUGUUGCGGCUCGACGGCGAGGAGUUGGUAAAGUUCUUGCAGGACAUCUUGGACGCGCUCUUCUCGAUGUUUCACACGGAGGACGGGAACUCCACGGCCCACUCGGGCCUGGUCUUUCAAGUGUUGGUCUCCAUCUUCAGCCUCCUCGAGGACUCCAAGUUCGAGCACUUCAAGCCGGUGAUGGACGCUUACAUUUCCGGCCACUUCGCCGCGGCGUUGGUAUACAAGGGUCUCCUGAGCAGCGUUCAACAUUGCGCGGAUUGGGCUAGCGCCGCGGAGAAGCAGGAACCCAUCAUCAAGUGCUUCCGUUCUCUCGAGUACAUUUUCAAGUUCAUCAUCCAAAGUCGACUCCUGUUCGCGAGAGCGACGGCCGGCCAGUACGAGGACAGCUUCAAACGAGACAUCUAUCGCGUGUUCGCGGCGUUCAACACGAUGCUGAGCAACCCGUUCGAGACGGUGCUUCAUUCACAGAUCGCUCUGCUCCACUCGAUCUCGGCGGUUUUCGAGCAGCUGGUCGCCGUAUUGCCGGUGCUGGAGGUGGCCAAGCUGACCUGCACGAUGCUCGACAUGGUGCCGCGAGAGCCGCCGUUGCAGCUCACGCAGGCCAAACUGACGGCCAUCAAGAAUCUGACCACGUCCUCGUUGUUCCGCGACGACGACGAGAGUCGAAACUUGCUUCUGGUCACCAUGUGUAGACACCUGAGGAUUCACUUGGUCAGACGGGAGGAACUGCGCACCUGCACCGAUAUCCUCGGGGAGAUACUCAGCUUUCUGCACAAGAGGGGACGCGACGCGAACAAAGUGAACAACUGCAUUCACCACGACGUGGAGACUUUGUGCCUGUCGAUCCUCGACGUUUUGAUACAGACCAUUCUGAUCGUGAUAAACACGAGCGGCACCGUUUUGGGCUGUCUGGUAGCUUGCCUGAUCGGGCUGCUUCAGCUUCUCGACGAAUAUCACUACGUCAGACUUUGGGAAGAGUUGACGCACGCCGGUGAACGAAAGCCCCUCAAGGACUUUCUUCUGCGAGUGUUUCUGGUCCUUCGCGACCUCGUCAGGCAAGAGGUGUUCCCUCCCGAUUGGCUGGUGAUCAGAAUGCAGGCAAACAACGUGAUCCUCGAGUCUUUGCAAGAGCUCGCUCAACCUCUGGCUUUUCGUUUUCUGCACGGCAGCUUCGACUCGCAGCUCUGGUCGACGUAUUUCAAUUUGGCCGUGGCAUAUCUCACCCAGCCAUCCCUCCAGCUCGAGCAGUUCUCCGAGGUGAAGCGCGAAAAGAUCGUCGAAAAGUACGGGGACAUGAGGGUACUGAUGGGCUUUCAAAUACUCUCGAUGUGGUCCCAUUUGGGCGAUCGUAAGCUGGAAUUCAUUCCUGGAAUGGUGGGACCGUUCUUAGAGGUCACUCUGGUCCCUGAAAGCGAGCUGAGGAAAGCUACUCUGCACAUCUUUUUCGACAUGAUGGAGUGCGAGCAACGGGCUCGAGGCAGCUUCAGGUCCGUCGAGUCGGAAUUGAUCGACAAACUGGACAUCUUGAUCAGCGAGAACAAAGGCGACGACGAGUACAGGCGGUUGUUCAACACUAUGGAACACCUCAGCGCCGUACUAUUGGACAGAGUCCAGUCCGAGGAUCCCGCAUGGAAAGACAGCGGAACGGCGUUCAUCACUUCGAUCACGCGGCUACUGGAGAGACUUUUGGACUACAGAAGCGUGAUUCAAGGCGACGAAAAUCGCGACAAGCGUAUGUCGUGUACCGUUAAUUUAUUGAAUUUCUACAAAAAUGAGUUCAACCGAAAGGAGAUGUACCUGCGAUACAUAUACAAACUUCACGAUCUGCACCUGGCGGCCGAGAACUACACAGAGGCAGGAUUCACGAUGAAACUGUACGCCGAUCAACUUGGCUGGAGUUCCGCGACCCUGCCCCCCGAUCACUCGCAUCCCCAGCAACCAGAGUGGCAGAGAAAGGAGCUCCUCUAUCACAAGAUCAUUCACUAUUUGGACCGAGGCAAGUGUUGGGAGAAGGGCAUACCCUUGUGCAAGGAAUUGGCGGUGCUGUACGAAACGAAAUUGUACGAUUACGCGAAACUGAGUCACGUUUUAAAGCUGCAAGCCAAGUUCCUGGACAACAUACUCACGCAGCUUCGACCGGAACCGGAGUAUUUCCGUGUCGGUUUCUACGGUCUUAGUUUUCCACUUUUCGUUAGGAAUAAACUAUUCAUCUAUCGCGGUUUAGAGUACGAGCGAAUAGGGGCAUUCACGCAACGACUACAGACUGAAUUUCCAAGCGCACAGAUAUUAAUGAAGAAUUCCCCGCCCGACGAAACCAUCCUCGCAUCCGAGGGACAAUAUAUACAAAUUUGCAACGUGAAACCGAUACCCGAGGAGAGCAGUCUGGCAUGUCGGGGUGCAGAAGUCCCGGAGAGGAUCGUUGCGUUCUAUUUAGUGAACGACGUCCGAAAGUUUAUCUUCGACAGGCCGCUUCACAGGGGCCCGGUCGAUCGCGAGAACGAGUUCAAGUCUCUCUGGAUCGAGAGGACCGCGCUGACUACCGAGGCCAAGCUACCCGGUAUAUUGAGGUGGUUCGAGGUGAUCGAGAAGAGAUCCGAGUUACUGGCACCUGUACAGUACGCCUGCGAAACGAUGCAGAGCGUGGAGAGAGAACUGAGGAGACUAGUCGCGCAAUACACUGCCGAACCUCAUCGAAAUAUUAAUCCUUUCAGCAUGAGACUUCAGGGAAUCAUCGACGCGAACGUGAUGGGCGGCAUCACCAAAUAUCAAGAAGCCUUUCUUACUCCUGAAUUCGCUAGACAGAAUCCCGACAUGGUGCCGCACGUGAACCGACUGAAAGCUUUGAUUCUCGAUCAGAUGAGCGUUUUGGAAGCUGGCCUCACUUUACAUGGGCAGAUCGCUCCACCGGGAGUACAGCCAUUACACAAAAGACUGAACGAAAGAUUUACGCAGUUGAAGCAAGGUCUCGGGCCGUUGGCUAGGCAACGCACGCUUCUUCAGGACAGCAUCGUCAACUCACCGCUGCCUCCGUUACCCGUAAACGAGAAGCAACGACCGGCUACGUUGGAUACCGUUGGCUCCAGAUCCUCUCACGCGGACGACGGUCUGCUGGAAGACGAAGGGUUCUACACAAAAGUGGACGGCUGCCCGCCACCUAUUCCGCAACGAGAAGUGCGGCCACGUUCGGUGGGUUACGGCACCACCCCGCCUAGACCCACGCAUCAGAGAACCCUGAGUAAACCGCUCAGUCCGAAGUUGCCGUUGAGACACUCUUUGCCGACACCGACAGACGGCGUCGAACAGACGGGCUUGAGGACUUCUUGGAGCGAGCCUGGUCCCGAACAAGCCCCGCCGCUGCCGCCUAGAGGUUGCACGCCCGACAAGAGAGAUUCGAAUACGAACGCCGGUGUCGUUCCACCCGCGCCGCCGAAGCGUUUAGCGUACAAGCGUAACACCGAAUGGACCACCGACGACGACGUGGAGGGACAGAACGAACCGAACGAUCUCCGCGACAGCGGCAUAUCGACGGCUAGUCUGUUGGACUUUCAAUCGCACUUGACCAACUUGAACAACCUUGGUUACGAGGAUUUCGAGCCACGAACGAGAUGCAACGAUAUCAUGAACAUUUCACCACCAUCCGUGAUGAACGCGCUAAACGUUUCCACGGGGAAUUUUGUAAGCGGCUCGUUUCAGGUCUCGCAAUCUCUGCCCGGUCAAGAGGUUAGUCCACCGCCGAUUCCACCCAAGGCGCACCAAGACACGCCGUCGGCCCCGUCGACUUUGGAGAGGGCCUCCAGUCGCGUGCAAUCGCACGGCCACAGCGAGAACUACUCGGUGCCGAAACUUCAAACGCUGUCCGUAGCGUCUGACACAGAAAGCACCGUGUAGCAACGAUAAAUCUCCUAGUCCUAUAGCGCGGUUAAUUUACAAUGUGCGCGUGCCAUAAUCAGCAGAUCCGAUCGUAGAAUCGUCCUUAGUUUAGCGAAGCGGCUUCAGGAGUUCUCGCGUGGUUAAUGUUAACUCUAUCGAAUCCGAUUGGAUUUGUACGGAAAGAUCUCUGACAUUUGCACAUCAUUCGUAUACGUUAUUAUAUACGUAAGAGAAUCCUGUAAUAAUCCAAAUGAAAAAGUCUUGAAAAUGCGUAACUCGACAUGGAUCACCCACCUGUGUGUUGUAACGUACCUUGGUAGAAAAACAGUAUAUCGAAACGCCGAGAAAUAACUCUCGGGUUCGAAUAACUCGACGAAAUGUCGUUUUUUAAAGGUAACCUGUACCGAAAAGACGUGUCGAAUAUAUAUUACGCGCUACGUGUUGCAUUUGCGUGAAUGGUUCUAUAGUUUAACGCUUCGGAUCUUUUUUAUUCGACGUAGUUGAACUAGAACCGACUAGUAGUACUCUUGGCGUUGACACGAUAGUACACUGACUUUACGUUAAAGACGACGAUCUUCCGAACAUUAACCUAACUAUAUAUAUUUUGUAAUUUAUUUAUAUUUUCGAUGAGAAUAAAGGUAAUUUUUAUCAACGA